CCGACCCUCCGAACGCCAUGCUAUAGAACCGGCGCUGGUGGGUGGGAUCGGUCCAAAUUUUAGGUACUAUUUAUUCACCCCGUACCCGUGUUGUAUAACUCCCUUAUACACACCAACUUGUCUUAUAAGGUACCCCUUAGCAAAUUCAUCACCAUGAGCUCUUCAGGUUACUCGGUGCCUCGGGAGGCCCAAAAGGUCUUUCAAGAUGGCAUUCUUAACAACCCCUUAAUGAAAGACCUGCCUCAGGAGCUGCAUUCCUUAGGUCAAGCCGUGAAGUUUGAAGGAUCCGCCAAGCCCAAUAUCCCUAUCAACUGGAGAUUCGCUGAGAGUAUCUCGGCCAUGAAGGCUUUCGAAGCAACUAUGCUCAACUACCUCAUCACUAAGAAAUACGGCGUUGCCCCCUCCAGCGUGAGUAUAAAUACGGACCAUGCUUCGCUGUUCAUAAUGUCUCCGCUCCUUACACGCGUUAUCAAAGACGGCAUCCCGGUGCAGAUACAUCCAUCUUCGGAAGAAGCUUUGCAAUGGUUCCCUAGUCGUGACCUGCACAGGUUCAUGGCUUCUCAGCAUAGGAUUCUCGCCACGAAUAUUUAUAAGACGAAAGAUGGGCGGUUCUACCACAUCCACGGUAGUAUGAACCCCGACCCGACACUCACAGCGCUGGGACUGCCACUCGACGGCGAAGAAAACGACACAUACGAUACCGUCGUGGAAAGGAUCCAGAACGCCGUUGCCCAGUUCGACGCCGCGGAGCUAGACGAGCUCAUGAACGAGAAGUUCCGCCAAGCGGGCACCAUGGCGUGGUCGUCCGGCGAGUACUUUAUCAGCCAGCACGGCCAGGCAUGCGGGAAUACCGGUCUCUACGAGACGGCCAGAAACCCUGACUCCUCGCAGCCGGCGGCGUGGUGGCCCGACAACGCGAGCUACCCGUCCUCCCCAAAGCGGCCGCUCGCCGGCCUCAAAGUCGUCGACAUGACGCGCGUGAUUGCGGGGCCGGCGAUCACGCGGUCGCUUGCGGAGAUGGGCGCCAGUGUGAUGCGGGUCACGUCGCCGCGGGUCACCGACCUUUCCGGCUUGCACCAGGACCUCAACUGGGGCAAGUGGAACUGCUUCCUGGACCUGAGGGACGAAGCGGACAAGGAGAAGCUCAGGGCGCUGGUCCGGGAGGCGGAUGUUGUCGUCGACGGUUAUCGCCCCGGCGUGAUGGAGAAGCACGGCUUCGGACGCCGGGCCAUCUUCGAUCUGGUGAAGGAUCGGUCCAGGGGUAUUGUUGUGGUUCGGGAGAAUUGCUACGGCUGGCAUGGUCCCUGGGCGCAUCGGAGUGGGUGGCAGCAGAUUAGUGACGCGUGCUGCGGUGUUUCAAUGUCGUACGGCAGAGCUAUGGGCAAUGGUGAACCAGUAACGCCCGUGUUCCCGAAUUCAGACUUCUGUACCGGCCUCUGCGGAAGCACAGCAGUCUUAGACGCUCUCGUUCGCCGAGCCGAACAUGGCGGUAGCUAUGGUAUUGACGUAGCACUCAACUACUAUUCGCAAUGGCUAGUCCGUUCCGUGGGUACCUACGAUGAAGAGACAUGGAACGAAGUAUGGAAAAGGCACGGGUCUCUAGUGUUCCGCCAUUAUCAUGCGAUGCCGCACCUGCUGCCAGUCAUGCUGAAGUUACUAUAUCAGCAUGAUUCUCAGGUACUUUUCAACCCCGCAUUCUUUCAAGAACAGGAAGCAAAAAGCAUAGGGGCUACGUUUGUUCAAGUUAAACCCGUAGCACGAUUUUCUGGCGGGACUGUUGAUUUGGGAUACCAUAUCGGCACGCGUGGAAAUGGCGUAGACGAACCGCUCUGGCCUGAUGACUUAACGGUUGAAGUUGUCCUUGAUAAAAAUUGAGAUAUCUGCGUGCAAGCCAGGCGAGUUCAGACAAUUGUAUUAGAUAUUGACAGAUACACCGCUGAGCCAAAAGUGUAUU